GGAAGAUCUAAUGUUCACUCAAAGCUAUAAACAUACUAUACACUACACACAACCCUAUCAUCCACUCCAGCCAACUCGCAGGGAUAGUACCACCAAGAAGAAUCACUAAACUCCAUCCCACCCACCCCGCAAAAUCCUUUCAACCAACUCGCAAGAUAUCUCCAAAAAUCUACUACAUCUACACCAAGAAAAACCCACACAUACUCACUCUAAAAUGCCCCCAACCUAUCAAAUAAUCCCCGCCACAACCCCGCACCACCACCUCGCCGCCCGCACCCUCUUCACAGCCUACGCCGCCUGGCUAAACAUCGACCUAACAUUCCAAAACUUCCAGGCCGAGCUAUCCUCUCUCCCCGGGAAAUACAGUCCCCAGGAAGGUGGUGACCUUCUCCUCGCAUACAGCAGCAGCGCAGACCCCUCCUCCUCUUCCUCCUCUCCGCUGGGCUGCGUGGCUCUCCGUCCGCUUUCCUCUGGGCAACAGCAACUCUGCGAGGUCAAGCGGCUGUAUGUUGCGCCUGAAGCGCGGAAGAUGGGACUGGGGCGGGCGUUAGUGAGUGCGAUUGUGACGAGGGCGAGGGAAUUAGGGUAUCGGGGGAUGAGACUCGAUACGUUGCGGAGUAUGGAAGGGCCGAUUCGCCUGUAUCGGAGUCUGGGGUUUGUGGAGGUUGGGCCGUAUUAUGAGACGCCUUUGGUGGAGGAGACGGUGUUUUUGGGGUUGGAUUUUGGGGAGGUGUAG